CAAUUGUUCCCAUAAAUCUGGUAACAGAGAAAACUUUCCAGCUAAACGCCGAUAAGACUUCAUACCACUCACAAUACUCUAUAUAUUGUGAUCAUCACAGCAACUAAGGCUACCUAAGAGAGUGAUCUCACAUUUGGCUGUCCACUUUCUACCAUUGAUCAUUUAAAACUUGAGACUUCCUUGCCUUCCUGUGUCAUGGAGAAAGUCCAAUACCUUACCCGCUCUGCUAUAAGAAGAGCUUCAACCAUUGAAAUGCCUCAACAAGCACGUCAAAAUCUCCAGAACCUAUUUAUCAAUUUCUGUCUCAUCUUAAUAUGUCUCUUGUUGAUCUGCAUCAUCGUGAUGCUUCUCUGAAGUUCUGAUGCAAUCUCCAGAGCUGCAACUUAUCACCAUCAGCUUAAAAGCUGGCAUGCCGUGAAGAGAGAACAGACCACUUCUUAAGUAGAAGAAUUUCUUUGCGAAAAGGUCAAGAUUCAGGACAAAUUGUUAGCAAAUGUAUUCAUCUGCUGCAUCUUGUAAACAUGUGAAAAGGGCUCAAUUAUCAAAAUUAACUUUAAUAUGACUGUAAGCGUGCAUAAUGUAAAUGUUGAUUUCCACAGCAGAGCUUGUAAGUUUCUAUACCAAAUCGUUUCUGAGGAUGAACUAGUUUUGAAGCCGCACUGCUAAGAAGUUCACUUCAUAUAUAACGCCAUUAGCUUCCCUAUUUGGAGUAAAUAUAAUUUAUGUUGUACCAUAAAGGCCUCUGGGGUUUAUUAGGUAUUUUUCAGGUCUUCAGCAAUUACCAAAAUAAUCAUCCAGAUCAAGUGUCAUCAUUUGAAAUAGCCCACUGAUUCCUCACAUCAGUUAUUAUUAUCAUACAGAAGUCUUUGUAAUAACUAUCAUAACCUACAUUCUAAAUUAGAAAUUGUAUUAUUUUUCUAUACCUAAGUAACAUUUUUUGAAGUUUAUGAUAAUCAAGUAGAAAAAGACGUGCCAUACUCUCAAAUAAAAUUUCUCUUAAUUGAUUUUUUCAAAGAAUUACAGAAUUCUAGUACAUGUAGGUAACCAGAAAUCUAUUCUCUGCAGGUCAUUUUGAUCAACAGAAAAGAACUGUUGGUUAAUUUAACAGCUGACAAUGUGAUUAGCCAUAAUUUAUAACGCACGUAUAAAGUCUAACCUUAAUUUAUUGCACUGUAGUUGAUUAUCUGAGUUAGAGUACAUAACUUGUCAUACUAUAUCUGUGGAAUAAUGAAACUUAAGACUUUAGAAUGAUUUGACAGGUUGUCUUCUAUUCUAUGUCUACCCUCAUACUCAAUGUAGGCAAGGAAAAUAAUAAAAGAAAAAAAAGAAAAUGUAAUAUUUCAAGCAUUAAAAAAUAAAAUUUUGAAUUCUCUCUCCAAAAUUAAUUAAUGCUUUGAUUACAUUUUGAAAUAAAUUUUUGUCCCACAAUUGUUUAUGACAGGAUCUAGCUACUUUCUUUAAUCUAUCAACCAGAUGGUAAACACCUAUUGGUAGGCCACUAGACUACACUACAUUAUACACCCAGAAAUGCUAAUUUGCAAUUAUUUUCUUGAUGAAUACAUUUUCAGUUUGUCCUCUGUCAUUUAAAAAUAUCUUCCAACAACACAUAAAAUAGAAGUAAAAAUUGGCAAUAGAAAAUACAUUCACCAAAAUUGGGUAAUUUAAAUCGACUUUGUUUAAAAUUAAGUCUAAAAUGGCUUACACUUAUACUGUAUCAUCCAAUAAUUUUAACCUCAGUUCAAGAUAUACAUGUAUUACUAAUAUAGCAAAUAUUAAAGGAGCAGAGAAUGUGUAGUUUCCUAUAUGAUUUAAGUAUAAUUACUAAAAGAAUUUGAAAAGUCAAUAUUGACUUUGGUUAUAACACAAAUGCUGUGGUAGACUAGUGAGGGGCACAUUGCUUUAAAAUUUUUCUGAAUCCCUGAGUGGCACUGGAUACGGGAGGGGGGCUCACUAAUAUCUGAGGACAGAGAGAAAAGAGACCUUCAACUGACGGGGAUUUCUUGAGCAAAGCCUCAUCUAUGGGUUGGAGACCCCUAAAAGAUACAUUCACCUCACUGGUGUCAGUAAUUACCCAUGCAAAAGGUAACCAAGUUCUAUAAUUAGCAGCAUGAUCUUAAAAAUAAGUGGAAAAUUUGAAAUAAAACAUUCUAUUCCUUUCAUUACAUUGUUCAUUACAUCAACUUCAAACUAUAAACUGUGGGGAUAUGGGGGUUUUUCCCUAAAUAAACCAAAUAUUUUUUUUCAUUCUGCCUUUAAUAGAAAUUAAAACCUUAUACUUGAUUACAUUAACUCAGGUACAAUGUAGAACAGAAACCCAUUCUUUAAAUGGAACUUAUUUAUUCUGUUUAUCAUGAUGUGUAAAAAGAUUAAAUAAAACAAUGUAUUUAAAAAUUUUUAAAUACCCAAUGUUCAAAUACUUUCUACUGUAGAAUAAACUCCAAACUUACAGUCCUAAAAAUGAACUAAUUUUUAAAAUGUU